AUGGCCACGCCGCCAGCCCUUUUGCCGUCAACGAUUUUGCCGCCGCCGAAGCCCCUGGACACAUCGGGCAACGCCUGGCUUGGAUGGAAAACUUGGAAGACCAAUGAGAGGGUGGUCCCCGAAACAUUUUACAUCAUAGAGCAAAAUGUACCAGUGACUCUGAGCGGUUCAGUGGCCGAACGCCUUGGAUUUAUCUGCCGGAUACAGCACAUCGAGGUCGAUGAACUUUACCCGCCCGCACAACAUUUUGCAGAAGUAUUCUCGGGACUGGGUGAGCUCAAGGGCUACGAGUACGAAAUAAAACUCAAGCCUGGCGCCGUGGGUGUCAUCGUACCGGCUCGGAGAAUCCCCAUGGCCCUGGAAGGCAAGACUAGAGCGGAACUUCAGCGUAUGGAAGAUCAAGGCGUCAUAACAAAGCUUCAGGGUUUUGGCAAAUUCGGCUUAGCGAGUCGAGCUCCAAACUUUGCACCAUGA